AUGUCUAUAAGGUCUGCUGGAUACCUGUAGGUUUCUUUCUUAUUGUGGGUUAUGCUAGCUCCCUCCUGUCAGGAGACAGACUGUUUCUGGCAGCUUGCACAUGGCUUCUUUUCAUGCAGAAAUUUCAGAAGGAAUCUGGAGAGAGUCAACAUCUUGGGUACUAAUUCAGCAUCCCCAUUCUUCAAGAGCAGCCCCCGACUUUGCCCCGAUCACUGUUUCUGCUUCCAUCCCCUAUCAGGCAUGUGGUCCAUGCUGAGAAAUGCCGACUUGGAGCUGGUUGACCACCCUGGAGUUGGAAGGAUCUGGCUGGAAUCCUGCCCAUGCUUCCCAGGUGUUUGGCUCUAGGGAAGUGACUUUCCCACGAUGAGGCAUGGUGUUUACAUCUGGAGAGCUUGGGUAAUUCCUUCAUCCUGGUAAGGGUGACUGUGAGUCCUGAAUGAGAAAUUGUGAAAACUCUUUGAGACCUGCAAAUGCAGAGCAUAUUGAAGGAUCAGCAAUUCCGUUUUCUCCCACUGCCAAAAAUCUUUCCCAUUCCAUUCUCCCUCCUUGGGGUUGGAGGUGAUGCAGGCUGGCGAGGCACACAGGAUGGAUGUUAGGGAAGCCAAGAAGGGAAGGAGGCAGUGGUUUCUCUCUCAUCGGGCUUUGCUUUCUAUCCAGCCAUCCUUUACCUAUCAGUCAUUCAUCUGUCCAGUCAAUGCCAGCAGUCCUCUGGGUCUGUGGAAUUACAUCUGACCACAAUGCUGUCAACACUUUUCUGAAGUCCUGGCCCUGUGCUGAAGCCUGGGCUGUUUGGAGCUGCUGGAGUGCAGAUCCACCUAGCAAUUGUGGUCUGGCAGGGCACUUCUUGUAGCUCCACAUGGAUCCACAAGCUGGGGGGCUAAAGAAAACUGGGCUGAGCCUCCAGGAAACCACACUAGGAGCGUAAGAAUGCUGUCGGGGUUGGAAAAACCAAACCCUCCCAAGUCGUGGGCUUCCUCCCUCCAGUCCAACAGAUUCAUGUAGACACAGGGCGGGUGCCAAGGAAGCAGACAGACCAUGGCCAUGACUGGACAGGGUGCUAUGACCUGGCGAAAGGGAAGUUGUCUCAGCCAGACUUGGGGAGAGGCAGGCUUCCAGAAUAGCGUUGCCAAGUUUAUGAAACAGGCCGGCUUUUCAUCCCCCCUCCUUCUGUGUCCCCGUGUCCAGACGUUUGCUUGGUGGCUCCAUGGUAACCGUGAUGCCACAAUGGAAUAUUCUUCCCAAGGUGCUAGAAGGAAUCCCUCGGUUGAGCUCUGCAGUAUAAGGUCAGAGUGAGUUCACUUCUCCUUUUGCAGGAGCAGUUCACAGAAGAACUCUGAGAACCAUCCUGACAGCAAGAAACAUCUGGCAUCAUGAGCGGAACAUGCAGCAUCCUAUGGCUACAGAGUUAAGGCAAGGGUUGAAUUCCACGAGUCAAAAAAUUACCUUUUUCUGAGGCCUGACGCCAUGGGGAAACCCGGGGACCCUGGCUGGGUUAUACAGAAAACCAACCAGCGUGGCUGCCUCCUAUCCUUGCAUCUUACGAGCCACUGGCUGAACAUCGGGGCCAGGCAGCUGGUCCUGGCCUCAUUACUGCUCGGAACCAAAGAACAGGGACCUGACAGGUCUGAUUCCCGUGUCUCGGAAGUUUUGCGGGUAGAAAUGCAAGGGACAGGGACUCUGAUACGGGGGUCGGGUGGGGGAUGUCACCACCUUGGGGAGGAGAGGAAAAGGCCAGGCGCUCGGCACUUCUGUGUUCACAGCUGCCCAUGGUGUCUGCUGCGGCUGUCCCUGGGGAUGGCAGCGAUGAGAAGGGCGCUCCUGCUGCUGCUCUACGUCUCCCACGCAUCUGCCAGUUGCGGCAUCCAGAAAAGCAACAUUGCGGUCACUUCCGAGGAGGGUUUGGUCGAAGAGCAGGAGUUCCCGUGGGUGGUGUCGCUGCAGGAUUCCCAGUACACCCACCUGACUUUCGGCAGCAUCCUCAGUGAGUUCUGGAUCCUCAGCAUCGCGUCCACCUUUCAGAACAGGAAGGACGCUGUGGCUAUAAUUGGUAUAGCUAAGAUGGAUGCAAAACUGAUUGCUCAUGAAGAGUAUCCUAUCAACACCAUCAUCAUCCAUGAGGACUUCGACAAUAUGACAAUGAGAAAUAACAUAGCCCUCCUGAAGACAGACACGGCGAUGCAGUUCAACAGCCUGGUCCGGCCCAUCUGCUUCCUCGGCAGAAAGCUGAACAGGCCGCCACUCCUGAUGAACUGCUGGGUGGCAGGAUGGAACCCCACAUCUGCAACAGGAAAUCACAUGACAAUGAGUAUCCUGAGGAAAAUCUCCGUGAAAGACAUUGACUCGUGUCCCUUAAACAUAGAGCAGAAAACAGGAUGUGGCAACCACCUAGAGAUGGAGACUAACGCCGUCUGCUUGGGGGACCCGGGAAACCCAAUGAUGUGCCAGCUGAAGGAAAUGAGUCUGUGGGUGCUGAGAGGAAUCCUGUCCCAAGGAGGGGAGAAAUGCCCCGGCCUGUUCCUGUACAUCAGGGUGGAAGACUACAGCGACUGGAUCACGUCUAAAACCAGGAAGACCAGCUCUCCCCUGUCUUCCUUCCAUCACUGGGAGAAUCCCAAUCCUUUACCCAGCUACUCAUCACGUGAUCUCGUGACACAGAGAAAACAGGCUGGGCUGAGCCAGCUUGCGUGGCCCCGACUAUCCUUCCAAGGACAAGAAAGCUCACAAUGGGCAAGGGGGCUUCCGGGCACACUGUACCGUAUGAAAAGGCUGCGGACUUAGUCAACGGAAAGACCCAUGUCAACUGUGUAAAUGCAUGGAAUCAGGUUCUGAGUGAUAUUAAAAUCCAUUAUCUCAUUUUUUAACAACCUGGCUUAUCCAUGUAUUAAAUAGCAAUCACUUAAUUAUCCACAGUGGGGAGAGGGACUCAAAAGCUUCCAGAAUUCAAUAAGAAAAUAAGCAACUAAAAACACACUAUUGCUACAGUGUCUUCCUGAUAACCUGAAAAGGCCCUGUCUUUAACAAGAAAAAGGAGCUUUAAGGAAAAAAAUUUUUCAAAAAGCCAUCUUUUAUUUUGGUGUAAGCGUUGAAGCAAUGACUGAGAUUUCUCACAGACUACACUUCCAAACGCCUGCAUUCUUAGCUCAGAAUACAAAAUCCUAAACAAAAGAUGGGGGGUGGGGGCAGUGCAUAAGACAUUGGGGGGUCUUG